CUUUAUAACCAUAAUCUAUAUAUGUCUGCUAAAAGAGUAGAUAUGGGUUCUAGAGAUUUGAUUAGCUGUUUACCCGAUGAGAUUCUUGGCAAAAUCUUGUCAUUGCUUUGGACAAAUCGUGCUGCUUGCACAGCGGUUCUGUCAAAGAGGUGGAGGAACCUGCUUGCGCUUGUAGACAACCUUGAUUUGAAUGACGCAAGUGGUAACUAUCGAUACUUCUGUGAUUUUGUGGACAGAACACUUGCACUCUUAAGCAAUUCCCCCACCGUCAAGAGAUUCUCUCUCAACUGUAACUUUCAGCAUGAAGAUGCUCGGGUGGACAAUUGGAUUCGCACUGUCCUGGAGCGCGGCUUCUUGGAACUUCACUUGAAGACCGUUGAUCAUCGUAUAGACACUGAGUUCUUCACGAGCAACACAUUGGUUAAGCUCACAAUAUGUGAUGGGUUUUCUCUUGACGGUCGUCUCCCUCCUGGAGGCGUGUUUUUCCCUGCGCUCAAAACACUUUCUCUAGUUCAAGUGGAGUUUUCAGAUGACUAUACGGACUUCACGUAUGAGGAUUUCAUCUCCGGUUGCCCUGUGCUUGAGGAAUUAUCCCUACACAAUGAAGGCGAUUACGAUCCCCCGGAUUGGAGUGGGGUCGUGUCUAGUGCUCCUUCCCUCAAACGACUGACCAUCUUUCACAGUUUCCCCGAUUACCGUGAGGUUGCUUACGAGAGUUGUUUGUUUGAGACACCCAGCCUUGUGUUCCUUGACUAUUCUAGUUUUGUCGCGGAGAAAUAUGAGGUUGAUUUGUGUUCCCUUGAAGAAGCUAGACUCAACAUUCGAUCAUGGGAUGAUGAGAGCGACCAGGAUGAUGAUAUUUUUGGUGAUGUUACAGAUCUGCUUUCAGGGAUAAGCAAUGUUAAAACGCUUCACUUAUCUUAUGACACUCUUGAGGUGUUUCACUUGUGCUGUGAUACAAUGCCGAUGUUUUACAACCUCCAUACUCUAUCUUUUGAGAGUCACAAAGAUAUAGGCUGGCAAGUGGUGCCACUCCUCCUCAACAACUCUCCAAACCUAGAAACUUUAGCCAUCGAGGGUCUUGUGCACCAAGUUACAAAUAUGUGCGGGGACGCCUGCCCUUGCAAUAUCCCUAAGAGGAGGAAGAAGAUGGAAGAGGGAGGAUGCUGUUUAUCGACAUGUCAAGUGAAAAUACUACAUAUUUCAGGGUAUCGAGGAACUCUUAGAGAGCUGAAACAGAUGAGGUAUUUCUUGGCAAAUUUGAAAUGUCUUGAAACUGUCAAAGUUGGUGUUAAAGUGAAUCGCCGACAAGACAGCUAUGGUAAUAACAAGUACCAGAGGAUCACUAAUGCUGUUAUGAAGCUUCCUAGAGUUUCAUCAAACUGUCAGAUCCAUUUCUUCUGA